AUGUCUACCGAGUUCGAGAAGAAAAUGGAGGAGCACAUCGACUCCUGCUCACUGGAGCAACUCCGCGACAUCCUGGUGAACAAAAACGGCGACGCCAAGCUCACCAACCGGUUCCGCGCACUGUUCAACCUCAAGUGCGUGGCCGAGGAGUUCGCGCAGCGCCCCGAGGAGGCGCAGCGCGCGGUCGAGUACAUCUGCGAGGCGUUCGCGGACAGCAGCGAGCUGCUGAAGCACGAGGUCGCGUACGUGCUGGGCCAGACCGGCAACCUCGCGUGCGCGGCGACGCUGCGCGAGGUGAUGCUGGACCACGCGCAGCAGUGCAUGGUGCGCCACGAGGCGUCCGAGGCGCUGGGCGCGCUGGGCGACGCCGCGUCGCUCGGCGCACUCGAGCGCUCGCGCCGCGAGGACCCCUCUGAGGAGGUGCGCCAGACGUCCGAGCUUGCCAUCGAACGCAUCCGCUGGCAGGCGUCCGGCGCCGCCGCGACCGAGCAACUGCAGCAGUCGCUGUACUCGUCCGUGGACCCCGCGCCGCCACUCUCGCUCGAGAAGGACUACGAUGUGCCGCAGCUGCAGGCGCUGCUCAACGACCAGCGCGCGCCGCUCUUCGAGCGCUACCGCGCAAUGUUCCGCCUGCGCGACAUCGGCUCCGACGAGGCCUGCUACGCGCUCGCGUCCGGCUUCGACGACCCCUCCGCGCUCUUCAAGCACGAGAUCGCCUACGUCUUCGGCCAGAUCGGCAACCCCUGCGUCGUCCCGCACCUGCAGGAGGUGCUCAAGCGCGAGCACGAGGCGCCCAUGGUGCGCCACGAGGCCGCCGAGGCCCUCGGCUCCAUCGCCACCGACGACGUCCUGCCCGUGCUCAAGCGCCACCUCCAGGACAAGGACGAGGUCGUGCGCGAGUCCGCGGCCAUCGCCCUCGAUAUGUACGACUACGAGAACAGCAACGAGCUCGAGUACGCCCCGGCGUAG